AAUGUAUCUGCUUUUGAGCCCUGUAAAUUUCUUCAAUGUAUUGGUUUCUUUCUACUAGUGAAAAGAAAUAGUAUAUGAAUGGUUGCAUUCAGGUUAAGAAGUAAAUCUUCUAUUAUUUUGCCAGAUUUCUGGAGGCAUAAGGAAAUCAAGCCCCAGAGUCAUUAUAACCAUGGCUACAACGAGUCGCUCGGGCGAAAGAGCCACAUUGAUGAUUACAGCACAUGGGACAUUGUCAAGGCCACACAGUAUGGGAUUUUUGAGCGCUGCCGAGAGCUGGUGGAAGCUGGAUAUGACGUCAGGCAGCCAGACAAAGAAAACGUCACUCUUCUUCACUGGGCAGCCAUUAAUAACAGAAUAGAUCUUGUAAAAUAUUACAUAUCAAAGGGUGCCAUCGUGGAUCAGCUUGGAGGAGAUCUCAAUUCAACACCACUUCACUGGGCUACAAGACAGGGACACUUGUCCAUGGUGGUGCAGCUGCUGAAGUAUGGAGCAGACCCGUCCCUCAUCGAUGGGGAAGGCUGCAGCUGCAUUCACCUGGCCGCUCAGUUUGGACACACUUCCAUUGUUGCAUAUUUCAUUGCCAAGGGCCAGGAUGUGGACAUGAUGGAUCAGAACGGUAUGACACCAUUGAUGUGGGCAGCCUACAGGACACACAGCGUGGACCCCACUCGACUAUUACUCACAUUCAAUGUGUCAGUGAACCUUGGAGACAAAUAUCACAAGAAUACAGCUCUGCACUGGGCUGUGCUGGCUGGGAACACAACAGUUAUUAGCCUGCUUCUGGAGGCAGGUGCCAAUGUGGAUGCACAAAAUAUCAAGGGCGAAACACCAUUAGAUCUGGCCAAGCAGAGAAAAAAUGUCUGGAUGAUUAACCAUUUACAGGAAGCAAGACAGGCGAAAGGCUACGACAGUCCUUCAUUCUUAAAGAGGCUGAAAGCCGACAAGGAAUUUCGGCAGAAAGUGAUGCUUGGAACUCCGUUUUUGGUCAUAUGGCUUGUGGGUUUCAUUGCUGACUUAGACAUUGACUCUUGGCUCAUCAAAGGGUUAAUGUAUGGAGCUGUGUGGGUUACUGUGCAGUUUCUUUCAAAGUCUUUCUUUGACCACUCAAUGCACAGUGCGCUGCCUCUCGGAAUUUACCUGGCCACAAAGUUCUGGAUGUACGUGACAUGGUUCUUCUGGUUCUGGAAUGAUCUUCCUUUUGUUACUAUCCAUAUUCCAUUCCUUCUGAACAGCAUAGCGCUUUUCUACAAUUUUGGAAAAUCCUGGAAGUCAGAUCCAGGAAUAAUAAAAGCUACAGAAGAACAGAAGAAAAAGACAAUAGUUGAACUUGCAGAAACAGGCAGUCUGGAUCUCAGCAUAUUCUGCAGUACCUGCUUGAUACGGAAGCCUGUGAGGUCCAAGCAUUGUGCGGUGUGUAACCGCUGUAUUGCAAAGUUUGAUCACCACUGUCCUUGGGUGGGCAACUGUGUGGGAAGUGGAAACCACCGCUACUUCAUUGGAUAUUUAUUCUUCCUGCUCUGCAUGAUCUUCUGGAUGAUAUAUGGCUGUAUCUGCUACUGGAGAAUUCACUGUGCGACCAGUUACACAAAGGAUGGCCUUUGGACAUACAUCACACAGAUCGCCACUUGCUCACCAUGGAUGUUCUGGAUGUUCCUGAACAGCAUUUUCCAUUUCAUGUGGGUGGCUGUGCUCAUCAUGUGUCAGAUGUACCAGAUUGCCUGCCUAGGUAUAACUACAAAUGAAAGGAUGAAUGCUAGAAGAUACAAGCACUUUAAGGUCACGACAACAUCUAUUGAGAGCCCCUUCAACCAUGGAUGUGUACGAAACAUCAUAGACUUCUUUGAAUACAGGUGCUGUGGUCUGUUUCGUCCUGUUGUUGUAGACUGGACAAAACAGUACACAAUAGAGUAUGACCAGACAACAGGAUCAGGCUAUCAGCUGGUGUAGCACCAGUGUUGUCCUCUGAAACCAUAUCACACUUAGGCUAUCUUGGAGUGGUGCCUGAUUAUUUCCUUAAAACGAGACUGAAAUCAGCUUGAACUAGCAUGCUGUUGUGGGGCUACACAAGAACAAAGACCAGAACCUCCUCUUUCACCGACGUUUUCUGGACAUGGACAGUCUCUUACUGCCAACCGUAUGGAGAAGGAGGUGGCAAAGAGUAGGAGAUUGAUGUGGAAAAAGGGAUAUGUUCUUUAAAUGGGAGUAAUUUGCAAUACAUUUUCAUGGCUGUUUUUUUUUCUCUUUAUGUAUUUUUAUUGUUGGGAUUUUAACUUAUUUUUCUGUUUAAAUGAUCUUGAAACUUAACCGUUCCAUAAAAACACCCUUGGAAAAUUAAUUUAAAGGAAAAUAUUUUGUGGGGAAAAAGUCUAAAGUCCUGGAAUUUAAUGCUCUGGUGAUAAAGUGAUAAAGGCUUUUCAGAUCAAAUUAGACUCUUUGAAGUGUUUUUUUCAGAUCAAAUUAGACUCUUUGAAAGGUUUUUUUUUAUUAUUGGCUCUGACAGUUUCAGCACUGGCCCCCUUAUAAACUGUUUCAAGCAGUUUUUCUGAAUCACCAUUACUUUAAAUUUUUCCAAGGAAAUUUAGACUUUGUUCAAUUUGGUUAACAUGACAAAUAAGACUUACAGGUAAUCAUUUGUCAUUUAUAAAUGUGAAUGUUUGUCAAAGCUUACUUUUACUAUAUCUGGAAAAAUUGCCAGUUGGAGGUUUUCCCUAUAAAUUGAUGUUUGUUGGUAUUUAUUUUUUAAGCUAUUUAAGGUGGUAAUUGGUUAAAAUAUGGUACAAUUGGAAUAGUCUGAGAUUUUAUGUGAUUUUAAUGUUUUAUUGUGAAUGCAAAAAAGUAAAAUCAGCCAUAUCCCUUUUACACUAGGUCUACAUGAAUCACAAAAGACUGUAAGAUAUAUAAAUAUUAAUUGUAUUUAUUUAAGAAAAACAUUAGAAAUGACUACUUUUGCCAUAUACAACUUGAAACAUGUAACAACAACCAUUGUCUAUUGGUGAGGAACUAUCUAAUAAUGCACUGGGAAAAUUUAUGGAACUGUUAAAACUAGUUUACAAGAACAGUUCAUUCCACAUUUCCUUGUCUCAGUUAUUUAAGUUAUUUUUUAAAUGCACUGAUUUUCUUUUACUUGUCACUAAUGAAAUUGGGCUGAUUCAUUGCUUCCUAAAGAACACUUCCAGGUUUACUGCAAGAAGGCCACUGGCUUGUUAUUCUGUAGAACAAUUAUUAGCCGCCCAUCUUUUUUUGGGAAAGAGGGCUCUGUGAGCAGCAGCAACCAGAUACAAGUGUAAAGAAUGUUUAUCUGUACAUAAAUUAUAUAGUUUCCCCAUUUUGUGAGUGAUUUUUGUCAGUGUUAGUCAAAGCUGCUCAUUUUAUUUUAUCCAACCAAAAAAGAAUAAAAUAAUAAAAUUGUACGACUGUAGCUUUUAGUGAUGUCCAGUACUGCUGUCUAUAGGCAUUUUAACCAGCAAGUUCACUGCAUGUCUGAUGCUUGGAAAUUUGGCAGUCCCCAUAAUGUAGGUCAUUUCCUCUAUUGAAUCAGCCCCAGUGUUAGCUCAGACCCUUCUGCUUGAAAGAAGGUGCGAGUCUGUAAAUAGUGAAUGUUGGUAUUUUGCAAGUAGACCAUUUCUUUUCCAGUAACCUUUUCUUUGUAGUGCAAGACCUACAUAAUUUGCAAGUGCCAAAUAUUGACCACUUGCAGAAAUGUAAUAUAUUUGAAUGUUUACCAUUUGGGAAUAAAGGUUAUUUUUUUCUUUUUGGAUCUUAUGCUGGGUUUGUAAUACUACUGGAUGUAAAAUUGUAAAGUGAAAGCAAGAAAAAAAUCAUUUAGUUGAUUAAUGUUUAGCUGUUCUGCCUUGGUUCUGUCUAUAUGCAGGAAUCUGGGACGAUUACUAAGAUGCAUCAGGGCAGCCUGUCUUUUAGAACAGGGGCAGGGUACAAUAUGGGGACAAUGUGGCAUUGUUUGGACUGUCCAUGUGCUUAUCAGUUAACUUCGAGGUUAAUUUCAACAGGGGCUAAUUCAGACAAAAAAGGUUUGAAUGCUCCUCUGAAAUUCAGCCCCUCUUUUUUUGACAGUUUUGAGUACACAAUUUUCUGCUUCAACAGUGCCUCAAUAUCUAAUAUAUAAAUCUUUACUUAUCAGAACUCUGCUUCUAAUUAUUUUGACAGGGUAUGUUUUGAAUAGCUAUCCACAUAAUCUGCUCAUGAUAAUGCAAGCAAAGUCACUCUAAUGCAGUUGUAGAAGAUGUUGAAAGGGGGCACUUCAGGUGACUACAUUGUCUUUUUGCUAUAUAUGUUAAACAUUGGUGACUAAUAUUGGGCAUUGACAAGCACAGAUACUGGAAUUUAACUCCCCAUAUUUAAACAUUUAUACUAAACAGUCUAAAUCAAGUAUCAGUGUUUCUCUGUGUAAAGAUCACCCCUUAUCUGUCUCCACAAUAGGGUGGAUUAUCAAAGCUCUUCUUCCAGUGCAAAGGUUGCCUGAUGUUUGAAACCUAAUAUUUAAUCUCUGAAUGCAGAAUAUCACAAAUCAUAGUAACCACACAUUGGUGUGUUCCCUUAGUAACUUUAAAGAGUGAGGCAAAUUUUGCACUGGAGCUUUAGUAAACGGAGAUGUAUUUUUAGUUUUCACCCCUCUCUGGUGUCUGACCUUCCCUUGUAUGCUUUAGUGUUACAUGGCAAAAUCCUCACUCUCCCAUUCAACACCACUAAUUCAAUGUGAAUUUAGUUUCUUUAUCUGCAACUGUGCCAAGCUUUACUUUUGAGAUCUUUGUUCUACUUUGUGAUCAAGACUCUACACAUAAUCUGCAUUCAAAAUAGCUCUCCUUAAGUUAUAUGUCAGAUUUUUGUAAGUUAUUAAAUAAACAUGGCCUAUUAUGUAACACUGAUGUUAAACUGUGUUUCAUGCUGCAUCCUGAACCCACAACAGUAACUGAUGUGUGUGGCUACUGUAAACACCACUGAUUAAAAAAACCUUGGGUGACACUAA